GCCAUAGACCACACAACAGCUAUCGUUGAAUGUUGAGCAUUGUCCAAAUGUGCGUUCAAGAACGAAUCUGAAGGGCAUUCUUUUGGCAUUCACCGAAAAUUGUGAGGUUAACCAUAUUACGAGCAGAAAUAUAAAUUUGAGUUGUCACAACGAUAAAGUUAUCAGUUAUCACUUUUGUUGAGCUAGAAAUCGACACAAAAUCACCUAACUUUUCCACCAUGUUCAAAUUCGCUGUUGUCAUCUUUGCCGUCAUUGCUUGUGCUGCUGCCAAGCCCGGUUUGAUUGGCGCUCCUUUUGCCUACACUGCCCCAGCAGCUGUUGUUGCCGCCGCUCCAGCUCCUGUCGUCACUGCCACCAGUAGCCAAUAUGUUGCCCGUAACUACAAUGGUAUUGCCACUGCUCCAGUUGUUGCUCCUGUUGCCGCCCCUGUUGUAGCCAAAACUGUUGCUGCUCCUCUCGUUGCCAAGACUUUUGCUGCCCCUGUCGCUGCCGCCUACACUACUCCCGUUGCUGCUCCUGUAGCUGCUGCCUAUGCCGCUCCUUUGGCUUACAGCGCUCCCUUGACUUAUGCCGCAGCUCCUGCUCCAGUUUUGUUGUAAAUGA